AUGUCAGAAAAUUUCCAUGUUACUGGUCUGAAUCACUUAGCUGUCUGGAGCCUUUCUGAGGCAGAGCGAGGCAGGAGGCUGAGAGAGGCGGCUGAGGUGGGGGCGGUGGAGGAGGUGCGGGCGUUGCUGGCGGCUGGGGCGGACGUGGUGGCGAGGGGCGAGGUGGGCGGGUUGACCGCCCUGCACUGGGCUGCACUGAACGGCCACGCGGCUGUGGUGCGGCUGCUGCUCUCUGCGGCGUCCGACCCCAACGCCAGGACUCAGGGGGGGCGGACGCCGCUGCACUUCGCAGCACUGAAUGGCCACACAGAAGCGGCGGCUGCGUUGCUGCAGGCCGGAGCCGACAGGGGGGCGACAGAUAAAGAUGGGGACACCCCCCUGGACAUCGCCAGGGAGGAAAACCAUCAGCAGCUCGUCCAGAUGCUAACACAGCGUUAA